ACACACACAGGAGACCCAUCUACCACACACCGACUGAUGCCUACGGUCCAUUAGAAGCAGCGGUUUCUGUGUGUCUGCGGAAAUAAACAACAACAACAACAACAACAAUGUGGACUCACUCUUAUUUCUGAGGGAUUGAACGCAGACGAGCAGGAAAAACGGGGUGCUAGAGAGAGUGAUGUCGGCAGGCGAGGAGAGGGGCGGCGAGGCGGCAGCGCCUGUAUACGUGUAUGAAUCCAAGGUCCAUUGUGCCAACGUGCUGUUGAGCCUGGAGGAGCAGCGGCGGCAGGGCAUCCUGUGCGACGUGACUGUGUUGGUGGAGGGUAGGGAGGUACGCGCACACAGGGCCGUCCUUGCCGCUAGCAGCCGCUACUUCCUUCAGGCCUUGCUGGGUCACAACGGGUCACCAGGCGAAGCAGAGCCCAUCAUUAACCUGCCAGACAAGGUGACAGCAAAGGGUUUUGCUCCACUGCUCCAAUUUGCCUAUACAGCCAAGCUGGUUUUAAGUCGGGAAAACAUCCAUGAGGUCAUCCUGUGCGCUGACUUCCUGGGUGUUCACAAUUUGGAGGACUCUUGCUUUCGGUUCCUUCAAGCCCAGCUACAGAAUGACAGCCAAGUUGCCACCAAUGGCAAGGUGGAUUAUGGUGAUGACAUCACGGCCGAGGGAGCAGUCUUUCCUGAGACAAUAUCCUCAGACGAUUCUGCAGAGACGAGGCAGCAAACCAAUCAUAUAGCAAGCACUGCGUCACUUCCUGCUGACCUUUCUCAAUGUCCUAAGUACAGGAAGUAUCAGUACCAGAUCUGUGAUAACAAGCACAAUGGAGAAAACCAUCAUGGCAUCGAUGAUGCCAACCAUACCUCAGUCAGCCCUGUGAGCUCACAGCUCAGAGACAGCAGUGUUGUUCUACAAACUCUUCUUACACCCUCCAGGAUCAAAGAGGAGCCAUUUGUGUUUGAGGAAGAAGGAGAUGAAAGGAGUGGUUGCAACCCAGAAUUGUGUACUGAAGAGGUACUGGAGAUGGAGCUGGAGGUAGAAGGGGUUCCAGUAGCAACUGAGCACUCUCCGAGUCGAGGUUCACCCUCUUCCUGCCUGCGCUCCUACCUCCAGAGAGGCGGCCUAGAUCUCAGCGGCAUGCCCAGCACCACCAUCCAGCAGCUACUCACCAACAGACUGUCCCUCAACCACUACAGGGAACUGGUCAAAGACAGGCAGAGGGAUAAGAGGGAAUCUCUGGGUCGCGUGGACCUCAAGACUGGCAUUGCAGAUGUCAUACCAGCAGCACUGACUGGCACUGGCAAGAACGUGGAAAGGCCAGCCUCUAAAGCCUCCUCUUCUAAACAUGAGGGGGAGCUAGACAGAGCCAGUGUCAUUUUCUCUUCAGCAGCUGGCGAGCGACAAAUGUUGGCCCAUUCUUACAUGGAUGAUAAGUUCAGAGAAAAAGUCUCAACCCUGAUGCAGGUAGAGGCUCCCUCUUCUGGUCGGUCAUGCCUCACCACCAGCUGCCCUGUUCCCAUCCAAACAUCAGUCCAUUCCCCUCCCCCAUCUGAGCCCCGAACCCAGACUUCCAGCUCCCGUUCCUCAUUCUCUUACCCAGAGGACGCAGGCAGUGGUAGCUCACCUUCCAGCCUUCCCCAGUUUGACUUCUCCUCAUCCCCACACUCAGGCUCCACCUCUGGACUGUCUCACUGCCUGGCUGGGGUAGUGGAGCAGAGGAACCCCCACAGCGGGGAGGUGGUCUUCUCUCAGGGUUGCACCAGUAUCAAAAGUGAACAGGGAUUUGGUGCCAGCGGCGGCAACUCAAGUGACGAAUCAGGCUCGUUCUCAGAGGGAGACAGUGAAAGUGGCGUCUCUAGAGUCUCUGGCCCUGAGGUAAAGUUGCCCUUCCCUGUGGACCAGAUCACCAACCUGCCACGCAAUGACUUCCAGAUCCUCAUCAAGAUGCACAAGCUGACCUCAGAGCAGCUGGAAUUCAUCCAUGACAUCCGCCGGCGCAGCAAAAACCGCAUCGCCGCCCAGCGCUGUCGCAAGAGGAAGCUGGACUGCAUCCAGAACCUGGAGUGCGAGAUCCGCAAACUGGUGUGCGAGAAAGAGAAGCUGCUGAGCGAGCGCAACCAGCUGAAGGUUUGUAUGUCGGAGCUGUGGCAGAACCUGUCUUUCCUCUCCCAGCAAGUGUGCAGGGAGGUGCAGGGCACUCAGCCGCCUUCCAUCUCCGCCAGCAUCGACCUCACAUCUAACCCACCGUCGCCUUCUUCUGACGAGGGCUCGUCACAGCCCAGGUCGCCCGUGUCACAACAGAGCGAUACUGCGUGUCUGUCUGAUGUGGGUCCCAGUCAGGGGCAAGUGGAGGAUAGGCAGCCUGGGGUGGAGGUGUCAGGUCUGGGGCAGGAGAACCCUGAGUGUCCGCUGGUGCUGGGAUCCACUGAGGAAGUAUGUAGCCCCACUGUAACAGUGGAUUUCUGUCAGGAAAUGACUGAGAAAUGUACAACAGAGGAACAGAAGAGACAGAACUGUACUUAGAGUCUGGUGGCAAACACUUUGGUCUGUGACACACUCCUACUUGUCUAUACCUUGAUAUUUGAAGUAUUUUUGUUCUUUUUUUGUAAUGGAUGACACAGGCGUUGUCUUAUCAGCAAUAUUGUUCAACAGGUAUUUUUGGACUGGUGAUAAACAGAAGCACUGGCAGCUUUCUCUCUCUCUCUUUCUUUCUGUCUCUGUCUCAUCCUGACUUCUUCUUCCUGUCAGCUUCCCUCCCUCUCUCGUGCAUCAUGGGAGGUUCAACUCAGGAAUUCCUCAGAAUGUUCACUUAUGUCCCUGUUAACAUGUACAUGCACUUUACUUUACAGUCCUGUCAAAUCUGGAUAAUUACUUCUCUACGUACAACUGAUUUGUAGUCAAUAGAAUUAAUCAUUUAAUAAUAUGAAUAAUUUUAAUAAGUCAUAUUUGACCUCUGAGUCAGCGUCUGUCACUUCUACUUCACUGAAGCAUUGGUUCAUUGCUUUUAGUAACAUAUGCUUAUUGUCUUUCUCUCUGAGAGUGAGAUGUUCAGACAGUCCAAAAAAGAACAGAGCUGCAGCCUAGCUUAGCAUAAAGCCUGGCUCUGUCCAAAGUAAAAAAAAAACCUGCCAGUCAACAACUCUAAUGUCGGGUUCAGACUACACAACAUCACUAAUCUGACAUCACUAUGUAAGAUUAGGUGAUCGUGGAGUCAUAAAAUCUUGCCGUGACUCAGCUGACAGACAUGACAGUCUCCACGUUGGUCCAUGACCAAUCAUCCGGGGUCGUCAUUCAUGACGUGCGUGAUGCCAUCGGAUUAUUCUUGACCUAUUUUCAUCCCUAUUACUAUUAUUAUUUCAAUCACUGUGACUGUUAUUGUAGUGAUGUAACAAGUGUCACCAGAUGGCAGGAGCUUCAUUUGAAGCUCAUGAAAAUGACGCAAGUCACUGAAUCCUCCCCAACAAGUUCCUGCAAAUGUUUCACAAUAAAAGCCUUUUCAGGAAAUGAAGGGAUGUUCUUAAACCAAGUUAUAAGGGGCUUUUAAUUUGAAACAGAUACGGGAAGUGUUGAGUUUGAAAUGACGGCAUGAUGCAUUAACUUUAUCAAGGCAAACGGGAGCAGAUAAAAAGUAAAAAUAUAAAAUACAGAGGGAAUAAUUAAUAACGACCCGUUUAUAAUGUAGACUGUUUGAAAUGAAGCUGGGAGCCAUUAUGAAGAAAGAACACUGUUUGCUAGCUUGACACUAAUGGCAGUACUCAGGGGGUUGACAAAGUGUCUCUGCUGUUUCACACCAUCAUUUCCCCCUUUUACCCUGUGUGGUAACAUCCCUAGAGGAAGUAUCAAAAACCCUGGGGUGUUGUUGUCAUACAGUUGUCCACGACAGCUGUGUUCCUAUUGUCCAAAGUGACGGCUGUGACGAGAGAAGUCAUACAAGACAGGAAGAAAAUCAUACAUGCUAUACUCUCUGUCAGGACGUCAUGAGGUGUCCCAGACGUGGUGUCAGUUGUCGUCUACUAUGACACACUACACGGGAUAAAACACUCAUGCUCAUGAUCCGAGUCGACACCGUACGACACCACGUCGGGCUAUAAUCAGGCUGAUACCGUGUAGUCUGAACCCAGCUCAAGGCAGAGUUGCACCCAGCGUUUCUGGACUUAGCACGAGCUACUUGACACAGUUGAUCCAGGUUUUGGUCUCAAACCUGGCAGCCUCACUGUGACAAUAAUGUUCCACCGGUGACAUAUCAACAGAACUGAAAGAGAUUAAAUAAGUGAUCAGGCAUGAAUCCAAGACGAUUAAAGCCACUGCUAGCUUUGCAGGCAGUUCUCUAAUUUAAAGGUUCAGAAGGUAACUUUUAUAAAACCUUUUUGUCACACUUACUGAAACUGUCACUAUAUCCUGACAGUAGUAAUGAGACAGAUAAUCUAUGAAGACCCUCCUAGUGGUGCUAAUGGCAUUUGCAAGGAGAGACAGUGCCUAAACAAAAACAACCUCUCAGAGCCAGUAGGGAGUCCAGGUUCUGAGUCUGGAAUCCUUUCUCCACCUUGGAAAAGUUUUUCUGAUGUUUACUCGUUUUAUCUACAACUCUCUUUUUUUGUAGUUUGCUUUUAAUUGUUUACUGUUUUCUUGUCUUUGUCAUGUACAGUUUUGCCACUGGCUCUGAUUAAUUGUUUUUGUUCAGGCAUGGUGGAUCCUUGCCAUUAGCAGCACUACGAGCCACAGAAAAAUCUGUCUCAUGUACCACUGUCAGGAUAUAGUGACAGUUUCAGUAAGUAUGAGAAAAAAUACAUUGUUUUCCAUGUUUGUAGCAGUCUGUUGACAAGUGAAACCAGAGCCAUCAUUUUAAGUUGUAUAAAUAUUAAUAUUGGAUUGGAUUUAAAGCAGAUGUAGGCAUAACUUUGCAGCUUUUCAGCCUCAGAUCUGUCAACACAUCUGUAGUUCUUUUCACCAAGAGAGAGACAUCUUCGAUACCUCUGACAAGAAAUUACAACCAGGAGACUAACCCUCAGAUGUUUCCCUCUGAUGCCUGUAAUUAUGAUCUGAACAGUAUGAUGUGAACACGGCACAAGGUUUCAGGAAGCUGUGCACUGUCACUGCACCGUUGUUUGCUGACUAAAGCCACAAACUGUCUUUUUACAUUUCUGUUUGUGUUCACAUUAAACAGAGGAGAUCCAGCUCUGUACUUCACACACAGACAUGAGACUGAUAUAAACUUUCUCACCUAACCCUAAGAAGGAGAGCAAAUAAGCAUAUUUGGGGAAAUGUUGAACUAAUCCUUUGAAUUCUUCAGUACAUGGUACAACAUCAAACAGCUUACCUUUCGUCAUAUGACUUCAUAUUUUUAAUGAUCUCGUAAUUGUUGAGUGACACAGGACUUUAAAGUAAAAUGUUACCAAAGGUGUGUAUUUGUAAAAUUUUACAUUCGAUGAAAAGGUCAAAUGAACUCUCAUUAUGCAAAGUUUCUUUUGUCAAACUUCACUUGUACUUUUUCUUGUACUCAGAUGGACGUUUCUACACAAUUCUCUUUUGCCUUUUUUCACAUCUGCGCUAAGAGACAGAACUACAUGACAAAGUUGAAGCACUGCCCAGCACCUCCAAGAGGUGACACCUGGCAUUGGAUAUGAGCAGAUGCAUUGUGACGUUGGCACUCAAAGCCCAAGCCAGUCACUGGGUGUCUAAAUAGAUUUAAGGACCAUACUGGUGUCUAUUUAUGUUUCUGCUGACCAUUUUCCAAAGCAUGCUGCAGUGUUUCUCAGUGAUUUCAUUUAUCUUUGCUUAGUCAACAUGUUGUGUCCCACAAACAUUUUGUGGGAACAAUUUAAUUUCUUGUGCUUGCAAGUGUGGGAACAAGUUACUAUCUUUUAAUAACAGGAGAACAAUAUCUUGUGUGCACAUGUAAUCAUCUUGUGGGAACAAGUGUGGGAACAAUUAUUAUCUUGUGCAAACAAGUCGAUUAUGUUGUUGGGAACAAUAUCUUUAUCCAGUGGGAACAAUUUAUUAUCUUGUGGGAUCAAGUGUGGGAAAAAGUUAUUAUCUUGUGGGGACAAUUUAUAUAUUGUGAGAACAAGUUAUUAUCAAGCGCAAACAAGUUAAUUAUCUUGUGGGCACAAGUGUGGAAACAAUUAUUAUCUUGUGCAAACAAGUUUAUAUCUUGUGGGAACAUUUUUUAUCUAGUGGGAACAAUUAACUAUCUUUUAGGAACAAGUGUAGGAAAUAGUUAUUAUUUUGUUUGUGCAAGUUAAUUAUCUUGUGGGGAGAAGUUACAUAUUGUGAGAACAAGUUAUUAUCCUGUACAAACAAGUUCAUUAUCUUGUGGGAACAAUUUAUUAUCUUGUGCGAACAAGUGUGGGAACAAUUGAUUAUCUUGUAUGAACAAGUUGUUAUCUAGUGUGCACACGAUAUAUUUAUAACUUGUUCCCACAAGAUAAUUAACAUGUGUGCACAAAAUAUAUAAACUAUCACUCUUCAGGACUUUAGGGGUCCAUACUACAACAUUAUUUCCUUGUUCACUCUUAAAAAUCCUAUAAAUGAGGUACUGUGUUUUAGAACAUUAUCUUCAUUUCCUCUCUAGGAAACUUUCUCUGAAACUAUAUUUUUACCUGAAUGAUAAAGGAAUUAAAAUGAUAAAGGACCUGCUAAAUAAAUGGUCAUCUGAAAUUGUUCUGAAAGGUUGACUUGAGUGUCCUGCACAUCAGGUCACUCAACUAAAAGAAAGCCAAUGAAUGAAAUGACAGACAUAAAGCAACAGAUAUAAUGUUCACUGUGAUGGUUUCCUCAGCAGCCUCCUACUUAAUUUGUAUAUCAUGUGUUAUUAUAGAGAGAAAUGAAUGGAAACCAGUAUCUGUCUGGAAAGUGGAGAAAACAUGCUAAAAAAAAAAAAACUUACUCUGUGAUGCUUUGGAAAAUGGAUGGUAGUUAUAUAAUGAACCACGUUAAAUCGGCUGAAAUCUAAAGACACUGGUGUGGUCAUCUAAACAACAGCUUAAACAAAUCUUAAGUGCUCUUUUUGACCCAUUUAUUUAUUGUCUUAAAAGUAGUAAGAAUUUAGUGUUUGUACUUAUGGUAAUUAUGUAUUUAGCUGCACUGUUCUUGUAUUGUACAUAAGACGAAUAGCCCUACUUAAAGUAUUUGGUACAGUAUGUCGGUGUAAAACACCUACAUUUUCAAAUCCACACAUCAUAUGUGAAUUUGUUUAAACACUAAGCAAAAAAUGAUCAAUUUCUACUUAGGAAUCAGCAUCCCUAAUAGCGUAUGGUAUGAGGUUCAAAGCUCCAAACAAACACGCUGGCACAUUAUUGAUUUAGGGAGAUGCCAAAUUCAUCUGCUGUUGAAAAGUCGAUGGCGGGGCACGUGGCAGGGGUGAGUGCUGCUGCCGUCUGCUGUGUUGCUGCCCGACACUCUGCUGCUGCGCUGUCAGCUUCACAACAGAGCACAGCCGUGGCAUUUUAGCACUGGGUGUGUUUUUUGGCUUCUUUUGUCCAUCAGGGUCAGAGUGAAAUCACUUUUAGCACAGGAAGGUCACACUAGAUUUUGAAAUUCAAUCAAUAUCUCAUUGCACUUGCUUUUUUUUGUUUUGUUUUUUAGAAAUUGGUUAAAUAAGCCUUCAAAUAAAGGGCUGCUGUUUCUUUGUGUGAGUUUGUGAAUGUCAAACUCCUAGUUUUAAAAAUAAGUGGAACAUUUGAAUUCUAAAUCAAAACCAUUUGGAUCAGUGUUUAAUGGCAGCUCAGCCAUGUUAGCUUUAACAGACUAGAAUGAGCUCAGAUUAAACACUACAGACAAAUCUGCUGUUAUCACGGUUAGCCAAUGAUAAUCUCAGUAGAAUGUGCUAAAUGCUCAGAGUACACUGAAGAACACUGCUCAGCUGACUUUACAGACUUUAAUUCCUCAAUGUGAACUUGUUAAUUUAUUUAUUUGGACUGUUGUUGUUGGGGGUUGGGGUCGGGUGUAGAGGAAGUUGCAUAGAUGUAAAAUGUAGGUUGCUACCCUUUCUUAGAGUUGAUUUGUUAACGGUUGUAUUUUUUUUAUUGUUGUCAGUUUCAUGAAAAAUAAGUCUUCAUUUACAAGUCACACAUGUACUUAAGUUUAAUAUUUCGAUUUAAAGGGGUGUGAGUAUGUUUACAGUUUUGUGUAUGAGCUUUUUAUUUUGUAAAGAUAGAAUUAUGACCUGAGAAUUAAGUUUAAUAGGAAAUCUCUUUUUUAUUUACCUAAGUUAAAAGUGUUGAUGAAUUUGUGAGAUAAAUAAGCAUCUGACAAGUGCAGCUAUAAUAUCUUGCCUUAGAGGUUACAGCGGCCAAACUAUCUAGUAAGGGAACAAAGGAUUUUAUCCAAGGGAAACUAGUCUGUAGAUUCAAAAAACUGCAUUGCAACAGUGUCAAAAAACGUGGAUGCAGCCCUUUCUGACCCUUCUUUGUUUCACUAUUCAUAGAGAAGUCCAAGACAUAAAUGUUAGGUUAAUUGUUGACUCUAAAUUGCCUGUAGGUGUGUGUAUGUAAGUAUGAAUGGUAGUCUGUCUUUAUGUCUCAGCCCUAUGAUUGUCUGGUGACCUGACUGGUGUCCUACAGCUCAGUCACCAGAAGAAAAUGCUGGCACUGUUUCUGUAAACCACAAAUAUAUUUCAUUGCUAGGUUUUGUACAAAUCAUAUUAACGUUUCUAAUAGAGCUGACUUUGUCAUCUUGAGGUGGAGGGGAUGGUGGAUGGCGGUACACCUAGACAAGACACCUGCCAAGCCUCAGACCACUGUCGGAAACCAACAGACAACACAUCUGCUUGUUUUUUGUUCAUUGCUUUUUUCCAGCGUCUUUUCAGGCCCCAGGGUGGGUUUUUUUCACAACCCAUAGCUAUUUUUACAGCCGGGUUAGUGCCUCAAAAAGACACUGUUUCUUUACAGACACAUUUCUGUGUUCUUGCUGGGAUAGUGGGACAAAAAGUGGUUGUAUUUUUACCGAGAAAUCCCCGCUUUCCAAUGGGGAUGGUGCCCCUAAAGCUGGGUGUUUUGAGCCACAACAUGGUCUUUCCCCAACCAUAACCAAGUAGUUUUUGUGCCUAAACAUAACUUCACAUUUACCACAACAUUGUUGAAAUGUAAAGUUGCAAUGCAUGUGUUAGAUAAUAAUGUAUUCAUGUAACAAAUCUGUGGUUUGCAGAAAUGUUCAAUGCCAGCAUUUUUUCUGGUGACUAGGUUGCCCUCAGUGACCCUGUGAAGGAUAAGCAGGUAUAGCUAAUGGAUGGAUGGAUGGAUGGAUGGAUGGAUGGAUGGAUGUUUAUAAAGCUCUCUUUUAUGACGGAUAGUGAAAUCAGCCAUGUACAUCUCCCCCUCUAUAAAUAUGGAGACCCAAAUUGUUCAGUAUAGAUAAACAGACAAAAUAAUAUAAGUAACCCUAUCAGUAAAUACAGACAUCAUUUAUAUUAUUACCAUGAAACUGUAAAACAGUGACUCACAUUUUUAAAACAUUACUUGAAAACUGCUGGAUUUAAAACAUGUAAUAAAUGAUUAUUGUGAAAAGAAAUAACAUUUCAUAAUAACCAUAGUAGUUUUAGAAAGCCUUUGGCUCAUUUUACAAUUUCAUGGCGACAUUAUAUAUUUGUGUGUAUUUAUUCACAUGAUUAUUUGUUAAAUAACAUCUUGCUUAUUCAUUUAAUAUUGACCACUGUGGGUCUUCAUAUGCUCUUGUAGGUGUCAGCAAGGAAUUCACCACACUAGAGGACCAACUGUUGAAAGAUAAAAAUGUACUUGAUGUAAUUAGUCAGUUGCUGUUUCUGUAUUUGAGCUAAAGUAAAUUGGAGGAGGGGUUAGGGUUGACUUGGGUAAACAUCAAAAUGAGGCAUCAAAUCAUUUUGUUGAGUUUAAAAUCAUACUCUGUACAACACUUUGCAAAAAAAUGUCAAGACUAAUGAAAAAUUGAUAUCAAAACAUGCAAAAUGUUUUUUGCACCAAAUAAAUGAUUCUGUGCCUCAUUUUGACUUUUUAAGUUAACCAGUGUUAAAAUGCUGUAAAUGUAUAAACAAACAGUGGUGUUACAUUAAUUGAAGGCUGCACUUAGGAGAUGUGAAAAAAUCUAAUGUUUCAAGUUGGUUAUUCUGCAUUUUGCAGAAGUCCAACCCUGAGGAGGUGGAACAUGGACACUGAACAAUAUUCCUCAUAAAUGGAACACGACAUUACUGACAUGACAACUUCUUCAUGAAUUCAUGUCAGACCUCAACUGACAUCAAAUGUAUCAGUGUCUAUCAGUAUUAUUUCAUUAGUCAGCAUGGGGCAUCUGCAACACCAGUGCUAAAUAAUAAUUCAAUUUAAAGGAGCUAUUUUUUCCAGGAUCUUCUUUUUUCCCUUGUUUUAGCCCAUGACUGUAAAUUCCUCAUUCUGCUAUUACAGCCAACCACAAAAUACACUCCUGAUCUCUCAGUUAGGUUCUGAUGGUUUCACUUCAUUUCAGUACGGUACAAAAAGGAACCUGUGGGGACUUGAAACUGGCCUGAGCUCUGUAAUCCAUCAUAGACCUUUUUAUUGUGCGAUAAUGCAGCGCAGAGGUUUAAGAACAAUCUGCACCUGCAAGUCACCACACAGCACAGAAACCUUUGGCAACAGUAAAAGCUGACAUGAUGUUCACUGUGACAGAUCAGCUAACACAAGCAAGUUUCAACUAUCUGCAACUGUACUGAAAGAAAUGAAAAGCAACAUGAAAAAAAGACAAAAACCCUGCAGACUGUUGGACCACUGUGAUACAUGAUUGAGAACCACUAGUUUACACAGUGUGCUGAAAUAUUAAUGGGAUAGUUUGGAUUUUUUUGAAGAGGGGUGUAUGAGGUAGUUGUCCAUAGUCAGGUUAUUAUCUACAGUAAAUAUGUGCUAGUGUGCCCAUUGUUUGAGGAGAUGUCUAUAUGAGUGUCUAAAUGGUAGCUUAACAAUGUGCUGCUGUGGAUGAGGGUCAGCAGCAAAAUGUAUUUUCACCACCUAAAAAAAGUAAAAAAGUCCCACCUAAAAAAUCAUUACAGUAUAAGUGUAUGCUAUAUGGAGAGUAUUUUCACCGCUUUACCUUUCUGUCAGACAUUCCGUUCCAGCACAAAAGCAUUAACGGCUUCAGUUCCACAUCUAAGCUCUCUUCAAAGCCGAAAGACCAAAGUAAACGCACUAUGUUGGUACAACACUGUGAACUGACAUUUUUUAAACCUUCAACAACAAACACACGUAGUUACAUUUUGCCAACAACAGCACAUGGUUAGGUUUAGACUUCACAGUCCUAGGGAAAGCUAGUCUGAGUGGGCGGAAGUUUGCUGCAGAGAUCAGCCUCUCAUUGGACGGAACGAGCCACCCGCUGAAGUCCCGCCCUACCACCUCCGGUUGUGCAGCAGUUUUCAACACGUCCUUUACUAACUUUUGCGGUGUUUGAUCUUGCGGGGAUGUAGCCAUUUUUCUGCCAUGGUUCGCGUCCUGUAGGUGAUGUUUUUGUGGACGUGUUACACCAAAACCUGUUUCCCCCCGGCAAUAUUUUUGCAAGCGCACCGUUGCUGUGGCACCACCCAGAACGAUUGUGAUUGGUCUUAAAGUGAGAGUCGGCGCAGCCAGACCUUACUUUUCUUGAGAAAGGUCUGGUGAGCGAGACUAAGGGGAAGCAAACACCGACCUCCUGGGUAAAAGUCGGUGGUUGUUGGAACCAUCCACCACCCCUCCCACCUGCCCUACUUUCAUUGUUGUCCCACAGUUUUGCCCCUGAUGCUGCCGGGCACCGUUAAACAAUAACGGCCACGUAUCAUGCCGAUGUGAAAGCAUGGCUUUUUAUUUGUCAGUGUCUGAUGUCGGAAGUCACUGACUGAGCACCGGCGUUCGACGACUUCGGAGUGAGACCGAGUUGAAAACACACACACAAAAAACUGUUCGAGGCAGCGGUAGACCAACAGCUCCUGUGAUCAGCAGUGUUUUUCUCAGUGGAGUCUGGCUUUGAAGUGAGCAGUAAAACAGCUUCAGCUCCCCAUCGGAAAUCGCUCCUCAAAGGUAGAGCAGGGAAAUACUCUCAGUGUAGUGUACUCUUACACUGAUAUUCAUUGUUCAUGCCCACUGACAUCUACUGUUGGUUAUACAUUAAGAAUGGAUAAGUGCCUCAUACAAGCCCACUUCAAAAAAUCCAAACUAUCCUUUUAUAGUUAAUUCAGAGCUGUUAUGUUGCAUAGGAUGCUGAAGUGUCCAUCAUCUCUGAGCGCAGCUCUAAUCUAGGAUCCAGUGUUUAAGUGGUUAAAGCAGUGGGUUUACACAGAAGAGUCUGCCCUUGAGUAUUUUGGAAUCAAAUGCUUUUUUUUAAAUUACAAUACAUGGUGGCCUACUAAAGGAAGCACUUAUUUAUUCCAAUCUGUUUACAGAAUGCGUUCAUUACUCGAGUCUCAGUUGAACAGACUCUAAGCACUUAUCUACCUGGAUAAUUCAGCAUACCUCUUCUUAUGGGUAAGGACUGUAUGAUAGACAUGUAGACAGUUUCUGUGGCGUUGUUUCUGACUUUUUACAGUGGUUACUUCAUUGUAUUUGUAGAUUUUGGUGAGCCAUUUUUUACAUGUUCUUUUUUUUUUUUUGAGUACCUGAUACAUGACUGUUAUAUGCAGAUCAAGCAUUUGUGAUUUCCUUUUUUAUCUUUGAAUGUUCAAAUGACCUUUGUUUUGUUUUGAUUCUUUUGUAAAUAUUGUGCAACAUGUCAUGUUUUGUUUAUUUGAUAUGAAGAAAAGCAUUUUGUCAAGGCAUUUUUUCUUGAGAAAUAAAACAAAAA